AAGCAGCACAUACCUACAUAGCCCAUAUAUGGCAGUGUCCCCCCCACCGGGUCAACAAGAAUACAGGAAAACCCUGACACGCAAGAGAUUGAUGCUUGCUGAGCAACACCAUGCAGUUCUCAAGCAUCACUGCUUGCGUUUGAUAGCCGAUUAAUUCGGUGGAAUGACAACUGGUCGUUUUCCGUUUCUAAGCUUCUUUCUUCUCAACAAAGGCACGGCCAAAACAGUGGAUAAUGUUACCGAUUUCUAAAGUGCAUAUUCAGUAGAAUAUCCACUAGCAUGCUGAUGCAAAUUCUGCCAUCUGAUCGGCUGAGCUACUCGUGAUAGUUGACUCGGGUUGCCCCCUUGUUAACCAUCAUGCAAUAGAAAUCUCGAGCUCAUGAUCUAAUUGUUUAGUAGAAACAAGAUCAGCGUGCGUAUUUACAUAGGGCUAUUAGAGUGCAGUGGCUGUCGUCGUCUACGAAAUGGCGACGUUUUUUCUUUUUCCCGAAUUUUUGGCGUAAUGUUUAGAUGAAAAUGGAUAAUUAAAUUCCUGAGAAGACAAAAGAAGGUCAUUAACGGUGUUUUGACUUUAAAAACUUGAAAUUAUUGUACAAACCAGUGCGCGCACGUAAGUAAUUGCAAAUUUCCAAUGGCAAUUGUCUGUGCGAUUUUGUUGAAGCGUGAAGUUUAAUAAUACGUAGAAAAACAAUUUGAAAGGGUAAUUUGCUUUUAUUUCAGUUGGAACUCUACUAAAACAAUUAGAUUAUUCGCUGUCGAUUUCUACGAGGUCACCUCGUAGAAAUUGAGUGCAAAUAAUCUAAUUGUUAAAUAGUUUAGGGUAGUUUUCUUCAAAACAACAUAGGUGCGAGUCUUUUUCCGAAGGGCACCCGCUAAGGUAUUGUGCUCCGGCUUGAGUUUUUAUGCUAGUAACAGAGCCUCAUUAUCGAGCUGGGAUAAACUCAUACAGAAUCAUGAACAUUAUAUUGGCAUCACGUAAACACCUUCUUAAGUCGCUCCUUCGAUGUGUUGAACCAGCAGAAGAGCUUGUGAGUGACACUUUUGCCGUAAUUUGGCCAGAUCCCCAGGGGAUGGGUUAACUCCAGCUGCUGAGUUGCACUUGCAGCUUGUAUUUCCGGGUGAACGAUAUGUGUCAAAAUAUGUAACCCUAAAUUUUUAGUCUGGUCGAUAUCACUGACUGAAAGUAUCCACGUAACACAAUUUGGUUAAUACAAGUGAAUUAAGAGACUAUUUAAUUCUCUUUUACUUAGGGACCAAAUGAUUGUCUGUAAUGCUGAGUUCUGCACUCAGCAAUUUCAGAUCGGUGAAGAGAAUGGUAAGUUAAAACUUAAUGUACUCGUAAAAAAACAAGCCGCGUCAGCAUUUCUGUCAAGCUAGACUCAAGCUAUCAUAUGAGAAGGGGGGAACACUGCCCCCAAGAGCUUCCCACGGCCAGAGAGGGAGAGUUUGCUUUUCCUGCUUCUUUUCUUUUCUCAAUCAAAAAUCACUGCCUAGAAAAUCUGCAAAAACGAGAAAGAGACAAGAAGGAAACAACUCUGGGACCAGGGUGUUGGUCCCCAUCCCCAUAGAGCUUUCUAUGCAGGUUAUCAUUAAUAAUCUCUCUUCUUCUCUCUUUGCAGCUUCAAGAAUAAAGUGUUAAUUGAAAAAUGUAAAUAAACUGGUACAUGUUGAUGAAAGAGUCCGUCCAAUUUUAUUGCAUAGCUCAUUCUUGCACCCUGAUUGGUUACUAAGGCGAGGUAUUACUGUCUUAUAAAUUUAGUUUUUAGGCCUUCUAGAAAGGACUAUGAGUAUUAUUUGAGAACACCUCGGCCGAGUGACAGCCCAGAGGGGCUGCCUCUCCAGAAGGCACUCUGCCAUUAAUCUAAUACAUUUAUAAUGUCCAGUGAUGAGCUUGUGAAUAGCCACGCUAUUAUUAUUAUUAGUAUUAUUAUUAUUAUUACAAUAGAGCUGUGAUCGUCAGAAAAAUAAAAUAAAUCUGUUUAGCGCCUUUUGAAACAAAGAAUGAGAACACUGGGCUAUGUUCAGUGUAAACUGAUCUUGUAGCUAACGUCACAGUGGCUCCCGCGUGAGGUGUAGCACAUCUGGUUUGGAAAAGCGGACAGAACAUAUAAACAUAAGUAGUCAAACCACAAGUAUAUUCUUCUUUUCUGGUAGCCUUGUGUGAAUUAGACUGCAAGACGCCCUCCUUCUUCCUAAAGCUAGGGCACAAUCUAGUGUAUAUACAAAUUACCCUUGUGCCUUUCAUGUUUUGCUGCUCUCGCACUGUAUGAAUUGAAAGGAAAGAACGUCCUCGAGGUCUAGUCAGAAGUGUUUGUUGAUAUCAACUACAAUUUUCUGGCACCCGCUUCACGAGGUUCUUUGACAAUGUAGCUUUACUAGCUGUGAUUGUGGUGUAGCUCGAUGGAACAUGUGUUGGUGCUUGGCUGAGUCAGUCAGAUUCUUAAACCACAUGGUGCAGUUCUGUUUUUCUUGUGGUUAUGCUUAUGUCAAGCGCGUUACUAGUGAAAACAGCACAAGGCAAAUAAGUGUGUUUGUUCUUAUGUUUCUGCUUAUGUUUAUGUUUAUCGUGCAGCUGUUUUCAUUUGUGCUUAUGCUUGUGCUUUUGCUCUAGUGAAAACCAGCCAAUACUGACAUUUUAUAUUUGUAAAACAGUCCUAAGCUUUUAAAAAACACCAGAUUGAAUCAAUUUCCCUCAGCAGACGUCUUUUCUUGACAAAAAUUGUCACCGUAAUGUUAGUUCUGCGAAAUGCAUUGUGCUUGUCAGUUUUCAGCUUUGAUGGCAUUUGUGAGCCAAGUUCCUUUCAAUUAAGUAAAGAGCUUACUUUGACUGCUAGAAGUUUUAUGAUUUCACUUGAGCAAUUGACUAUGUUUUUUCUCAAUUACCUCUAUUCGUUAUAGGUUUGACGAGUAAACCAAGGGAUAUUUCAAAAAUUUGGUAAGUUAUUUAAAUAUUUAACAGCAUUACAAUUUACCGUAUUUUUGCACUGGGCCUUUGCCUUAGUAAUGGUGGGCAAAAUAUAUGGCUUACUUUAAAGAAUAAGAACUGUUGAUUGAUGACAAAACACUGUGGAAACUGUGAAUUUGAUACUUAGUGGAACUGGAAGAUUUCAAGUUUCAGUUGAUUUCAUUAUUAUGGCUGGCAAGCGGUACGAAAGGGAACGUAACGGAAGACGGUGUUACUCGCAUGAAGCGCACACGGGCGUUAGAGCAAAAGAGAGAGUGCUCACAGUAAGAUGAAUCCUAGUAAUCCUUUUAAGAGCUUGCCACAACCACUGCUUUUGCAAACUUCGUGGUUAUUUAUAUCAUGUUACACAACCAGAUGUCUGCCUGUUGGUGUAGACUAUGAGUAGACCCUCCUUUGCUUAGUCCGUCGUGCAUGAUGUGGGAGAAAUGAAAACCGCGAGGAAAAACAUUGCUUGGUGAGGAAAAACUGACACCAGUGGAGGUGAUCUCAGGCCUGGUGUCAUUGAGUUUUUUAUGGAGCAGAUCAUUAAAGUCAAUGGGCAAUCAGUUUGCUGCCUUUUAGCUGUUGUGUGCUGGUUCCAGUCCCAUCCCUCACGGCACUUGUUUGGUGCUCUAGUAGACUUGUGGUGCAAGGAUCUCUUUGAAUUAGAAGGAGCAGCCAUGAAAGAGUGAUUUCAUUUGAUCUGAAAAAUAACAUCUAGCAAUAAGUACCAAAUAGUCAAACUGAUCGAAAGAAGACAAUAUAUGACAUCUGUAGUUAUAUUUCACUGUUAAAGUAAAAUCACCCUAAGGUUCAGAUGUACUAUUAUUUUGCAACAAGCAAGCAUUCACCAUUGCAAUUUAACAGGAAUAAAUAAUAGAAAUUUUCACUAGCCUGUUCAAAGCAUUAACCGAGUUGUUUCAAUGCUCUGAAAAGUCGUUUGCUCUCCAUUCAGUACGCAUCAGUUUUUAGCCUUUUAACGGAAAAGCGUUAAUGUACGUUUUCCUGUGGAAGGUCACAUUUUAUUACCCAUCCAAUAUCUCUAUAUAUUUUUUUACUCUUUUGGCGUGGAAUUGAAAACCUCAAUUUCUAAUCUUUACUCCCUGCAGGGGGGGGGGGACACCGAUAUGACAAGGAUACUGGGAUGCCCAUCGUUUCGCUUAGAGGUAUAAUUUUUCAGAUUUUUGCUCUUGAUUCCAAGAGUGUUCUGGGCAAAACUCCUAUAUUUUUAGCUGUCAAGGUCUUAUUUAGGGUUGCACGCCAAUAAAUAUAGAAAUAUAAAUAUUUUUGGUAUUUCGAUAUCUUUCUGGGGUACAUAACAGCUUAAGCCACACCUAGAUUGGUUGCUUUUAGGGUUUAUUCCCAAAUUUUUGACGAGCAUCCCAGUCUAUUUCAUAUGGGUGUUCCCCUGGGCAUUUAUCGUUGCUUACACUGGUUUCAUUUGUUUGGCUGACAGUUUCGGAAAAGAAGAUGACUGCACUAUCAUUCAAGACACAGGUAUUUAUCUUUAGUAUUUUAAUCUUUAAUCUUUUUUUCUUGCUAAACUUAUGGAUUAUCAUUUAACAUACGGGACUUGUGCAAAGUAGUUCUCUUGAUCUGGUACAGCUACUUACUCCUAAAACCCUUUGAGCGAAAAUUGAAACAGUUUAUACAUAAAGAUAAUAAACUUUGGAUCUGCGUGGUACUGGAUGAGGAAAAAGCAUAUUAGUUCCCUGCUUGGAAGUGUUCAAGUUUUUCAUUAACUUAGUAUGUGCACAAUAUUUAUUUUGGUACCAUUACCCAGUCCCCCGUAAGAGUCAUUGCUGUUGUUUAUCUUUACUUGAAACUAUUCAUGCUGCAAUGUUGUCAUGCAACCUUUACCCUUUCUAGUGCAACACAAAACUAUUUUACACCAGAUGGAGAGGGACAUGAAUGGUUUCAUUGGCCUUUCAAACCUGAAAGAGCAGUUUAUGAGGUUUACAUACACCGAGUUGCAAAAUGACAGGAGGAAACGCCUGCACUGCAAAAUCAACGAUGAGACACCUCUCCAUCUGAUGUUUGCUGGAAACCCAGGGACUAGGAAAACUACGUUUGCGAGACAUGUUGCAGGUGAAGAACAGAACUUUGUUCCAAGUUUUCAUUUGUUAAUAUUCUUUGUGUCAUUCAUAACGAGUCAUAAAGAAAAUUACAAAAAUAAGAUAGUGGAAGUCCAGAGAUCUCAUCUCAUUGGCUAAUACCUUGGUUCCACAACCAAAAAGACCAAGGUGGAGAUUGUUGAAACACGUGGUGGGGUCCUUUUUGUGGAUGAGGUGUACAGGUUGAUACCUGGUGGUGGAGGAAAGGAUUUCAGCUGAAAAGCCAUAGAAGAAUUGAUAGCCGUGAUGGAGGAGAUGAUUUUUGCAGGGUACAAGAAGCCGAUGGACAAAUUUUUAAAUGUCAACCUGAACUUAACAUCCCAUAUUUACCAAAAGUUCAUUUUCCCGGACCAUUUGGCAGAUGAACUUGCCCGAAUCUUUAAUUUAAAAGCUAAGAAAAAGGGGUUCUACAUCAGUGAAGUGGAUGUGUCAGAAAUUUUGACAGCCAUACUAGUGAAGAGCAGAGAAAGAGUAUGAAUGCACGCCUCGUUCACAUACUUCUUCAAGAACCCAUCAAAGAGUCCAGCAACAGGCUCCCCCUCAAUGCCACAUUUGAUGAGCUCAUGCAAAUCAAGGAAAGUGACAUAGUGGCUCCCUGUUCACGUCUCACACUCAUCCUGGGAAGCAACAAUGCAGGACAACCAUAGGAACCACAAAUUCAAUAAUGCCUUACUUAACAUAUGGAUUUAGGCCAGCCUAGAAGCGUAGCUCUGGGGUGUAUUGUUUACAGCCCGAUUAAGGCGCAGUUCUACCUGAAUUUAAGUGAAAUUUUAGGAAGUUUACAGAGAAAUUAAAUGAAAAAAUACUUUUGGAAAACCACCAGACAGUUGAUUUCCCCCAAAAGGGCACCCUGGGUUGGUGGGCAGCUGUUUGGUGUACAUCUACCAUUUUUAAACUUCAAAUUCUAACAUUUCAAAUUCUAACAUUAUGUAGAACAGGAAGUGUCCAGA